AUGAGUGACCGCCCAGACUUGUCCGAAGUGGAAAGAUUUGACCGAUCAAAACUGAAGACAACUCAAACGGAAGAAAAAAAUACUCUUCCGUCGAAGGAAACCAUCCAGCAAGAGAAGGAGUUCACUAAAAAGAACCUAAAAUGA